AUGACCCCGCACCCUUUCGAUCCCCUGCGUCCUGAAGAGAUCAGCCUCGCUGCUGAGAUUGUGAAAACAUGGACCGGAGACGAUGUGGUGUUCAGGGCCAUCACCCUCGCGGAACCUCCUAAGAAAGAUAUGGUCUCUUUCCUAGACAUCGAGCGUGCAGGCCCAGGGGCACAGUCCCCUGCUCCACCCCCUCGGCAGGCCAGGGUCCAGCUCUUCCACGGCCGGGUACUUCACGAAGCCGUCGUCGACUUGGACCGCCGAGUCAUUGUCGCGAAAGAGGCGCUGCAUGGUCGACACUCCUACAUCGACACAGGCUUCAUGGAGAAGGCCGCCGAAGCUUGUCUCGCUGAUCCGCGCGUUCAGGAGGAGAUCGAGUCUCUGAACCUCCCCGAGGGUGCCACCGUUGUCGUUGAGCCGUGGGCAUACGCCACGGACGGGGUGAAGGAUAUGAAGGACCGCUGGACCAUGGGAUGGUUCUAUUUGCGACUCUCCGACAACCCGGAUGCCAACUACUACGCCUACCCCCUCGAUAUUUGUGCCGAAAUCUCCCCAACUCUCCAGGUCACCAGUGUCUACCGCCUCCCCUCGGGAGCAAACGACAAGACGCACUCCCGGCGAAACGAAUUCGACCGUCGCCGCAUCCACACCACCAGCGAAUAUCACCCGGACCUCGUCGACGACCGGAGGACAACCACCCGGCCCUACCACGUGUCACAACCAGAAGGCCCAUCGUUCACCACGGAAGGCAACCUCAUCCGCUGGGAGAAAUGGACGAUGCGCAUCGGCUUCAACUACCGCGAGGGCAUGACCCUGCACGACGUCCGGUACGACGGCCGGAGCCUCUACUACCGGCUCUCCCUCUCGGAAAUGUUCGUCCCCUACUCGGACCCCCGCGCGCCCUACCCGCGCAAGGCCGCCUUCGAUCUCGGCAACGACGGCGCCGGCAUCAACGCCAACAACCUAGCCCUGGGCUGCGACUGCCUGGGCCACAUCAAGUAUUUCGACGGCUGGCUGACAGCCGCGUCGGGGACGCCGGUCCGCAUGCCCAACGUCAUAUGCUGCCACGAGGCGGACGACGGCAUCUUAUGGAAACACACCAACUUCCGCACCGGCAACGCCGUCGUCACGCGGUCCCGCGUGCUCGUGCUGCAGACCAUCGUCACCGUCAGCAACUACGAGUACAUCUUCCUCUUCUACUUCCAGCAGGACGCCUCGCUCUUCUACGAGGUCCGCGCCACGGGGAUCAUGUCCACCGUGCCCGUCGACGUCGGCGACUCGGCAGUCCCCUACGGCGUCAACGUCGCCCCCGGCGCCAUGGCCCCCGGCCACCAGCACCUCUUCUGCCUGCGCGUCGACCCGGCCGUCGGCGGCCACGCCAACAACUCCCUCGUGGUCGAGGAAUCCCACCCCCUGCCGCCGGACGAAGCCGCGAACCCGUUCGCCAUGGGCUUCGCGACUCGUUCCCGGACCGUCGAGGCCGAAGCGGGUCUCGAUCUCGACUUUGCCUCGAACCGCACCUUCAAGGUCGUCAACGAGGCGCGGCGGAACCCCGUCACGGGGACGCCCAUCGGCGUCAAGCUCCUUCCCUGCUACAGCCAGAUGUUGCUCGCGCAUCCGUCGUCCUACCAUGCCCGCCGGGCGGAGUACGCGACGCACGCCGUGUGGGUGACGCGGUACCGCGACGACGAGCUGUUCCCGGCCGGCCGGCAUACCAUGCAGUCGCUCGGCGGGGAGGGCAUCGCCUCAUGGAUUCAGGAGAGGGCGCGGAAGGGGGACGGGGAAGAGAGUGCAGUGCGAGACCGGGAUAUCGUGCUGUGGCAUACGUUUGGGUCGACGCAUAACCCGCGUAUCGAGGAUUGGCCCGUUAUGCCUUGUGAGAAGAUGGUUGUUGGGCUUAAGCCGGUGAACUUUUUCACUGCAAAUCCCGGCUUGGACGUCCCCAUUUCCACACAGGAGAGGAGUUGCAGUGUGCUAGUCGAGGGGAGGAGGCCCGAGUAG